AUGAAUGCGUACUGUGUUUUAGUGGGUACAACCCUGACGCUUUGCGCUGACGCAGAUACUAAGGAGAUGUGGUGGAAGGAAGGAUCUGCCUGCAUUGUCUCCAUUUAUUCUCUCGAGACUUCUGGCUGUUUCAUACGUGCUUUCUUCGAGCACUCGACCGGCUUUCUUCGCUUUCACACGGGGACUGUAAACUCAGGACCCAGUAUUAACCCCAAUUCAAAGCGCACGUCGGUCGUGUUUGACACCCAGACAGAACGAAAACGAGAUUGGCAUCACUUCGCGUUUACACACCGAAAAUCGGUUAUGGGGAGUUCUCUGAUUACGGUAUACAUAGACGGACAGGAAGUUGCGACAAAGAAACUCAACUAUCCUUCAGCACCUGCUGUUGGAUCCUUCCAAGCGUUUGUCGGUAGUGACGCACAAGUAUGCAGUCCUCAUUCUGCGUUAUCAUGGAAAAUCGGCCCGACGUGGUUGACAGAUGAACUCCUUCCGAGUACUACAAUUGUGGGGAUAUUCUCUCUAGGCCCGACUUUUUCGCACCUAUUCAGUGGUCAUUCGUAUCGUUCAGUCGGGGAUUGGCUGGAAGCCCUAGCGAGCUCACAUAUAGCUCGAGCGGCCGAUCGAGGGGUCGAAAUCGCCCAGUUUGCUCAGCGAUUGCAUCUUACCAAGCUUGGGCGAUCUUGUCGUCGCCAGUGCAGAGACUGGAACGACGUUGUUAACAUGGCACAAAGCACAACCAACGAUGCAGUCGCUGCAGGUGCUGCGCUGAUUGCAGAAUCGAUGAUCGCCAAAAAGGAAGAACUAGCUGAAGGAUUGCGUCUCGCGACUGGAGGAGGUGGAUCUUCCCGUAAGGAGCGGAGUAAGGUGGCUGCAUUCCGGAACUUUGUCAGCUACGAGUGCGCAAUGAGCUCCUUUGGUGCUGAGACGGAAGCAUUACUACAAUCCUGUAAGUUCUCUGAAGAAACAGUUCUCUUCACGCUGAACACAUCAUCCAGCGACCGCUGCAACACACCUGUGCUGAUCCACACCCAGGUUCACUAUGUGAACUGCGAUCAAUCGAAUGGCUUGGAUUUAGCGCGAUCGCUACCAUCAGUUGGAGGCCUAAGCCAAAUUUUUUUUCCGCUGUUAGAUAACGCGACCCGACACUGUGACUUCUGCCUGGUGCUAGAAAUGAUGGCAAUCAUUCUACGACGCAAUCCGUCCUGCAUGGCAGAGUGCAUCGAAUCUAAUGGCUACACAUUGAUCGCAGCUCUUCUCUGCUCACGGGUGGCUUUGAUCGAUGAAAACGUGCUCACGUGUGUUGUGCGGCUAGCUGUGGCUGGGACAUUGGUCCCUUACGCAACUUUCAGCAGUGGGAAGACGCAAUUGGCGCAUCCAGUGGUGGUGGAUUCUGUCGCUCUUGCUCAAGUACUGCUGAAUGGAGAACUACGGAGGAAAUUGCCGCAUCAUCUACAGUGCCAGCUUGUGUCGCUGUUAAUGGACUUACUAGUGCCUGCAAACCCGAACGCAGUCUUUAAUGCUCGGCAGCUACGAAGAUCGGGAGUUCUUCAGUGGAUCCUCACGUAUUUAACAGAGCUAGGAAACGAGGAAUGCAGAAUGGACGAAGCUACUGCGUUGGAGAUGAGAUGGUGCUUCCCUAAGUUCUCGGAGCCGACAUUUGAAGCAAUUCUGCAGUACGCGUUGUCAUUGCUACGAGCCUUUGUGCGCAUUGAAAGCCAUGUGGACGAUAUCAAUGGGAUGGGCGAAAUGCUGUUGCUUUCCAUGACGAAUAGUGUCCUGCAUACACGAGGGAGUCCGAUUCGGAUCAUUCUGCUUCAAUUUAAAAGAGAUGACAAGCGCAUCGAAGCCGGCAAUAGCCUCGAAACUGCAGCUUUGGGAUCGCCUUUAAGUGACAGCUCUGUAAAGCCUGGGAAAUCGUUUUCCUCGACGUACCCGGUUGAUGGCUUCGUAAAUGUGCUUUUGGAGGUGAUUGAUCAAGGUCGUGAAGAUGGCCCAAGUUGA